AAAAACAAGUGUGGACGGUUUAGUCAUUUAAAUGGUCAAGAACCGGCCGGACCUGUGUCGAGACGGUCGCGUUUUCCUCAACGGUGUGAUUCCCCGAGCCGAGAUGAAGUGCUAUUAUUUUAGUUUUUGUGUUGCUCUCAGCUUCGGACUUAUUAGUGGACAGAACCAAUGUCGAACACCGAAAGGCGGAGCCGGGACGUGCGUGCUGCUGGACAAAUGCCAGCCGCUGAAAGACAUCGACCAGAACAACGCAAAGACUGAAGAGGAUCUGCUCUUCUUGAGGCAAGCGUCCUGCGGACUUAGUUACAACUUUAAACCAAAGGUGUGCUGCCCUCCGCAAUCAGAAUGGUCCUCGUUUUCGCGGCCAGCGCCCAUAGAGUUCCCCCACCGCAAGCCCGUUCGGCCAACCCCUGACAAGGGCGACGACGUCUCGGACGCCGACAGGGAAUACGCCGAGUCGUCUGAUUGUCCAUCCACCCUGCAGGCACCGGCACCGGAGACCGGCUGCUGCGGUAUUGAGACCAUCGGCGGCGAUAGGAUUGUUGGCGGUGAUAUAGCAACAGUUGAGCAGUACCCGUGGUUAGUUCUUCUUGAAUACGCGGGGGGCUACACAUCGUGUGGAGGCAGUCUUAUAAGCUCCAGAUAUGUUCUCACGGCAGCACAUUGUAUUGGGGCUACAAGAUAUGGAGAAGCGAAGCGAGUCCGACUCGGCGAAUACAACACGACGUCCUUUCCCACUGACACAGUUGAAGUCAACGGUGGUGGGUUUGAAAUCCUCGAGGUGAUCCUCAUCAGCAUCGAACGUCAGAUAGCACAUCCUGAAUAUAAGGGCCGGCUUCAAGGCGGACCGCAUGAUAUUGGACUCGUCAAAUUAAGCAAAAACGCUCCUUAUACAGACUUCAUCCGUCCAAUUUGCCUACCCUCUAAGGACCCAACCGAAAAAGCUAGCGAUAACCUCCGCUUCCUGACUGCCGGUUGGGGAUCCAACGGGACCGUCUUCUCCGAUGUCAAACAGCACAUCUCACUCCCCUACGUUCCACCGAACAUCUGCCAGAUCCCAUACCAGCUUAGGCUUAACGAUAAUCAACUCUGUGCCGGUGGUGAGGAAGGUCGAGACUCGUGUAAAGGGGAUUCAGGAGGACCUUUAAUGAUCCAAUAUGGAGACACCUUCGAGUUAGUCGGUGUGGUCAGUUACGGUCAUAAUAAUUGCGGAACUAAAGAUGUUCCAGGUGUUUACACUCACGUAUAUAAAUAUUUAAAUUGGAUUAAGAAAGAAAUGAUUUAAAAAUCCUUAGAGAUAUA